CCCAAAGUCAUGUUUUUGUUCUUGCUGAAAAAAAGAAGCGCGCCUUGACUACCGUUGACAAUUCGAGUCAUAUCGAUCAAACGCCAUAGAUUUUUCGUUGGGUUUAAUGCGAUUUUACUGAGAGAAGAAAAAUGCCUCCGCAGCAGCAUAGACACGAUGGGUCCAGGCACAUCACCAAAAUCACCGAGAGCAUGUUCAUCCUGCCGCCGCCGCCGCCCAAAUACACCAUCAACGAGUGGCAUUUGACCAACAAUUUAAGAACGAGAACUUGCUUGGACCAACAACGACUCGCCGAUUCGGUUAUAGCCGAAAACGAUCGAGCAAUCGAAGAAAUCAACGAAAGAACCGAACACAACAAGAAAGUCACCGAUAGGGCCAUCGACGAGAAAAUCAAAGACCUCGAAUUCAAUAUAUCGGAGAUCGAAAGGCAGAGAAAAGAGCUUUGCAAAGAAAUCGAAUGCCUGGGCGUCUACACCGAUCGCAUGCACCACUGUCUGAAAUUCAUCGAAGACAAGGCCGAUCCGGUGAACGAGAAGUGUCUGAUACAACGCGAACGGCGCGUCGGCAUCGACUAUUGCGUCGACGGCGUCGAAAUCGAAUUGAAGAAAGAACGACGCGUCAUCGAAGGGGCCGUCGCGAUGCUGACGAGAACUUUGGAACAAGCCAACGAACAAAUGAGAAGGUUGCGAUCGUACUUCUACUUCAUCGACAGAGAUUUGGACGAUAAGGAACGAUCGAAGACGAUCGAUUUGUUCAACAAAUCCCGGACGAAUACCAGCCUCGAAUUGAGCAUCUACCACGGCUUCGCGCCGCUCGAUCCCUCCAACAUCACCAUGCAGGAAUGGGAGAAAUUCUGCAUGGACAACAUCCAGAACGCCGCCAAGGAAAUCUACACCUGCAGACAGUUGCGCGUGUACGUGGACACUCUCCUGCGACAAGCCGUCUACGAUUUGGUGACGCAAUUCAACGCUACAAACAACGCGUUCCGCAGCAGGAUCGAGGAAUUGAAGGACAGCAAGACGAAGAUGGAGGUGCAUCACUCGGAGGUGAUGCGAUUGGCCAACGAAGCGGGCCAGGCCAUCACCAGAUUGAAGAAGGCCCUGAGCGAAAAGGAAGGUCACACGGCCUUGGCCCAUACUAGAUUGGGCAACAGGGCGCACCGGCCGUCGGCGGAGCUCUGCAGGGACCCGGUGGAGUUUUCGUUGGUCAAAGAGGUGGGCGAUUUGCGGCAGAAUUGCAAUUUCCUGCAACAGCGAUUGGCCGAAGCGCACGCCUCGUUGCGGUACCUGUUGAAGACUCAAAUACAAUUGGAGGAGGACAUCAACACGAAGACGAACACGUUGAAAAUCGACGAGGUCGAUUGCAUGACGCUCAGACAGGAGAUGGACUAUCACGAUUUUUAAACGAUACUUGUGAGAAAAUCAAUAAAGCGCGUGGGAUAUAUAGUUGACGAAAAAUGGGAUCUUACAUUUUGUAUUCCGGAAACUGCUU